GUCGCGGUAGCUCGGCUGGGGGCCCUGACUUGCUGUGGAUUUGAGGGUGACAUCUGAGCAUUUAAAGGGCUGGGGUCAACUGAGCGACUCAAGCCCGCGUCUAAUCGUGGAGCCAGGGUCGCGGCCGCCGCGGGGGAGAGAUGACUGCGGAGCGACCCGGCGCAGUGCCCCUGGGCAGACCCGGGAGACCGCCUAUGCUGGGAUUAGGGGAAGCCUAUAGGGCCCAGGUAUUUGCCUCGAUCUUCCUGCUGCUGUUGUCUCCGGCAGGAGUCGGAGCCAGGGCAAAGAACGACUUCAGUCUGGUGCACCCGCUGGUGACCAUGGAGCAACUGCUGUGGGUGAGCGGAAAACAGAUCGGUUCUGUGGACACCUUCCGCAUCCCACUCAUCACCACCACUCCUCGAGGCACCCUCCUUGCCUUCGCUGAGGCCAGGAAAAUGUCAGCAUCGGAUAAAGGCGCUAAAUUCAUUGCUCUGCGGAGAUCCAUGGACCAGGGCAGCACAUGGUCUCCGACAGCUUUCAUUGUGGAUGAUGGGGAGACCCCAGAUGGUCUGAACUUGGGGGCAGUGGUGAGCGAUACAACGACAGGCGUGGUCUUCCUUUUCUACUCCCUCUGUGCUCACAAGGCUGGCUGCCGGGUGGCCUCCACCAUGUUGGUGUGGAGCAAGGAUGAUGGUAUUUCCUGGAGCUCGCCCCGAAACCUGUCCUUGGAUAUAGGCACUGAGAUGUUUGCCCCCGGACCUGGAUCUGGCAUUCAGAAACAGUGGGCGCCUCAGAAGGGCCGGCUCAUCGUGUGCGGCCAUGGGACGCUGGAGCGGGACGGGGUCUUCUGCCUCCUCAGCGAUGACCACGGCGCCUCGUGGCGCUACGGAAGUGGGAUCAGCGGCAUCCCCUAUGGCCAGCCCAAGCGGGAAAACGAUUUCAACCCGGACGAGUGCCAGCCCUAUGAGCUCCCAGACGGCUCAGUCGUCAUUAAUGCCCGGAACCAGAACAACUACCACUGCCGCUGCCGAAUCGUCCUCCGCAGCUACGACGCCUGUGACACUCUGAGGCCCCGUGAUGUGACCUUUGACCCCGAGCUCGUGGACCCCGUGGUAGCGGCAGGAGCUGUAGCCACCAGCUCCGGCAUCAUCUUCUUCUCCAACCCAGCCCAUCCAGAGUUCCGAGUGAACUUGACCCUGCGCUGGAGCUUCAGCAAUGGUACCUCAUGGCGGAAGGAGACCGUCCAGAUCUGGCCGGGACCCAGUGGCUACUCCUCGCUGGCAACCCUGGAGGGCAGUGUGGGCGGGGAGGACCAGGCCCCGCAGCUCUACGUCCUGUAUGAGAAAGGCCGGAACCAGUACACAGAGAGCAUCUCCCUGGCCAAAGUCAGCGUCUAUGGGACACUCUGAGCUGUACCCAGGCCAGGGAGGGGUAGACGGCCCUGGCCUCAGCCUCAGGACCGUGGGUCUGCAGAGGGUCUGCUGGAGGAGCCUGGAAGAGAGUUCCACCUUCUUUUAGACUGCAGCCUUUUGCAAAAUCAACUUUGACUAGGAAAUCACGGCAUUAGGACUAAAAACCUGGCUUCUCCCUGGACAAGAAGGGCUCCCCACACCUGGCGGCCCUUCCCUUCCCAUUGCUGGGUCCCAGCCCCUGCCCUUUCUGCCCUCCCAGGACAGUGAUUGGUCCUUUUCUUGGGCAGGGCCAGGCGGGCCUGUAAGCAGUCAGUAAAUGUGAACUCAGGGAACCGGGGAAGGCUUACCUCCUGGAGGUAAGAUGCUGGCGUUGGAGAGGGUUGGUGGAAGCCAGAAGGGCAGGUUAUUUGGUUUCUGGGGUAAGGAAGGAGGUGCAUCAUCUACUUUGACUCUUUGAAUCAAAAUGUGUUUAACAUAACGUUUUUAAUGAAAGAGAAUGACUAUUUGCAGAACCUCUGUGGUCCUGCCCACGCACAUCUUC